GAUCCCCUGAGUCAGCCCCCGCCCAGAGAGGCGGGGUCACUGAUUCAGUGAACCGCGCCAGCUUAAAGUCCCCAGGAGGGCAGCCGCAGCCAGACACUGUUACCCUCACCAUGAACCCCUGGCAGUCUCUGGUCCCGGUGCUCCUGGUGCUGGGUUGCUGCUCUGCCGCACCCCAACGACGCCAGCCCACCGUUGUGGUCUUCCCAGGAGACCUGCGAUCGAAUCUUACUGAUAGGCAGCUGGCAGAGGAUUACCUGUAUCGCUAUGGCUACACUCGUGUGGCUGAGAUGCAAGAUGAGAAGCAGUCCCUGGGUCCGGCGCUGUUGCUUCUCCAGCGGCGCCUGGCCCUGCCCCAGACCGGCCAGCUGGACAGCAUCACCCUGGAGGCCAUGCGAACCCCGCGCUGUGGCGUCCCAGACCUGGGCGGCUUCCAGACCUUCGAGGGCGAACUGAAGUGGCACCACCACAACAUCACAUACUGGAUCCGAAAUUACUCGGAAGACUUGCCCCGCGACGUGAUCGACGACGCCUUUGCCCGCGCCUUCGCUCUCUGGAGCGAGGUGACGCCGCUGAUCUUUACCCGCGUGUACGGCUGGGAAGCCGACAUUGUUAUCCAGUUUGGCGUCCGGGAGCACGGAGACGGGUAUCCCUUCGACGGGAAGGACGGGCUCCUGGCACACGCCUUUCCUCCCGGCCCCGGCAUUCAGGGGGACGCCCACUUCGAUGAUGAUGAGCUGUGGUCGCUGGGCAAGGGCGUCGUGGUUCCGACUAGGUUUGGAAACGCAAACGGCGCUCCCUGCCACUUCCCCUUCAUUUUUGAGGGCCGCUCCUACUCCUCCUGCACCACCGACGGCCGCACCGACGACACGCCCUGGUGCAGCACCACUGCCGACUACGACACCGACCAGCAGUUCGGCUUCUGCCCCAGCGAGAGACUCUUCACCCAGGCCGGCAAUGCGGGCGGCAAGCCUUGCGUGUUUCCGUUUAUCUUCGAGGGCCGCUCCUACUCUGCCUGCACCACCGAUGGUCGCUCCGACGGCUACCGCUGGUGCGCCACCACCGCCAGCUUCGACCAGGACAAGCUCUACGGUUUCUGCCCGACGCGAGCCGACUCGACGGUGAUCGGGGGUAACUCUCCGGGAGAGCUGUGCGUCUUCCCCUUCGUCUUCCUGGGCAAAGAGUACUCGUCCUGCACCACAGAGGGCCGCGGAGAUCGGCGCCUCUGGUGCGCCACCACCUCGAACUUCGACACAGACAAGAAGUGGGGCUUCUGCCCGGACCAAGGUUACAGUCUGUUCCUUGUGGCGGCGCACGAGUUCGGCCACGCGCUGGGCUUAGACCACUCGUCGGUGCCGGAGGCGCUUAUGUACCCCAUGUACAGAUUCACAGAGGGGCCCCCUCUGCAUGAGGAUGACGUGAAGGGGAUCCGGCAUCUCUAUGGUCCCGGCCCUGAACCUGCUCCAUGGCCUCCAACUACCACCACACCUGAACCCCAGCCCACAGCUCCCCCGACGGUCUGCCUCACAGUUCCCCCCUCAGAAGCCCCCACUGAAGGCCCCACCGGCCCUCCUUCAGCUGGCCCCACAGGUCCCCCCACCGCAGGCCCCUCUGAAGCCCCCACAGGGCCUUUUGAUCCAGCAGACAAUGCUUGCAACGUGAAUAUCUUCGAUGCCAUCGCAGAGAUCGGGAAACAUUUGCAUUUAUUCAAGGAUGGGAGGUACUGGCGCAUGUCUGAAGGCGGGGGACACCGGCUGCAGGGCCCCUUCCUUAUCACCCGCACGUGGCCUGAGCUGCCCCGCAAGCUGGACUCUGCCUUUGAAGAUCCGCUCACCAAGAAGAUUUUCUUCUUCGCUGGGCGCCAGGUGUGGGUGUACACGGGCGCGAAGGUGCUGGGCCCGAGGCGGCUGGACAAGCUGGGCCUGGGCCCCGAGGUGGCGCACAUCACCGGGGCGCUCCCGCGCGGCGGGGGCAAGGUGCUGCUGUUCAGCCAACAGCGUUUCUGGAGGUUCGACCCGAAGACGCAGAUGGUGGAUCCCAGGAGUGUCAGCCCGGUGUACGUGAUGUUCCCCGGGGUGCCCUUGAACACGCACGACAUCUUCCAGUACCAAGAGAGAGCCUACUUCUGCCAGGACCGCUUCUUUUGGCGCGUGAGUUCUCGGAACGAGGUGAACCAGGUGGACCAAGUGGGCUACGUGUCCUACGACAUCCUGCAGUGCUCCGAGGAGUAGGCCUCCCCAUCCUGCCUCGGCAGUGUAGUGUGGGUCCCCGUGGGGUCCAUCCCCUAUGGGCGAGGAGCCAGUUUGCCGGAUACAAAUUGGUGGGUCUAUUCUGGGAGUCAGGGGGGAGUGGAAGUAGGCUGGCCCUCUCCUCCUGCCUUCCUUUUUGUUGGAAUUUUUAAAUAAAUUUGGAUUCCCUAACCUUGAAAA